CCCACUUCAACUUACGUCUUCAUUCUUGUCUCCUUCAAAGGCCACAACGGAACUAAUCAUGUCCAGGAACUACAUGUCCAAGUUUGAUGAGAUGCGCAUGGGAGACUACCUGUGGUCCAACAACAAAGAGUGGAAGGCAUGCUUCCAGGAGGAUGGUAACUUUGUGAUCUACGGCUGGAAGCCCAUGUGGAGUUCGGACACCAUGGGCCAGCGAGACGCCUACCGCCUGUGCAUGCAGGAUGACUGCAACUUUGUCAUGUACAAGAGGGAUGACAAAGCCGUUUGGCACACAAACACUCAGGCCAGUGGCUUCAAGACGUGCCGCAUGUGGCUGAGGAACGACGGCAACCUGGUGAUGGAGAGGGAUGGAGAGGAGGUGUGGAAUUCUGCCCAGAACAGUGAAUCGAAGUGAAGCAGUUGGUGAUCUAAUAUCCCUCCCGUCAAAGAAAAUAAACAUGAAAUGUAACUGACGUUAUGAUGUUUUGUUCUUGUGUCCAUGGUUGAAUUUCCUUUGUGGUUGGAUUUCUUGGUUUUCAUAUCAGUAGCCUAUACAUAAAAAUGGAAUGAAAAAAUGGAAAAUGGAUGUUUGUACAAAGAUUGCUGUGAAAGGUCAGGAAAAUAGACUAUUAGUCACACCAGAGAUAAGGUUUAAAAAUAUCUACACGCGACAUCAUUUCCAUCUGUGUUUGAACAAAACCUUGUUUCCACACACCUAUAAAGCAUGAGUUAUACCAUCUGUAUUUACCCACCAUUCAUUGCAUCUGUUAAAUUAUAUUUGGUCACAAUAAAACAGUGUGUAGAUUGAAAUUGGUCUUUAAUU